AUGGCUCCCGCUGUUGAUGUUGACACUCCGGUUGAUGCGAUUCAAGGCCUGAAGGCCCGCGCAAAACAGGUUGACCUAUCUAUCUUCCCAGACGGCCUUAAGACAACAGGUCAACACCCUCCAUUGUAUGACCAAAUAUACCCCUACAGCGCAUUCCCUAAGCGCAUCGAGGGUCCUACAGAAUGGAAGGCGGAAGACUACGCCAACAACCCAGAGAGAUGGGUUCAUCAAUUCUCUGAGGAAGAAUUGGCCGAAAUUUCCAAGACGGCCGACGAGUUCAUCAAGCUUGGAUUGCCCCUAACUGGCAUUAACAAGGAUAACUUCCCACUUCCGGGACUGGCGCCGUCGCUGGCUGCUGUGCGUCGGGAACUAUUAAACGGAAAGGGGUUCAUCUUAUACAAAGGCUUCCCCGUCCAUGAAUGGGGCAACCACAAGUCGGCCGUCGCCUACAUGGGCUUGGGAGCUUACAUCGGCUACCCGGUAUCCCAAAACGGACAUGGACAUAUCCUAGGACACGUCCAGGACCUCGGCGAGGACAGCACACAGAUAGACAAGGUCCGUAUAUACAGGACGAACGCCCGCCAAUUCUUCCACGCCGACGACUGCGAUAUCGUCGGUCUCUUGUGUAUCGCGAAGGCCGAGUUCGGAGGCGAGUCGGACGUGGCGUCAAUCCACAACGUCUGGAACAUCCUCCAGGAAGAGCGGUCCGACGUUGCCGAGCUCCUGACCAAGCCGAUCUGGUACUUCGACCGCAAAGGCGAGGUCUCCAAGGGCGAGGACCCGUACAUCCGGGCGGCCGUGUUCUACCUCGAGACGCCGGACCCGGCGAACCCGGGCCGGGAACAGCGGGUCUACUGCAAGUGGGAUCCGUACUUCGUCCGCAGCCUGACCCGGUUCUCCGACAAGGGCAUCAUCCCCCCGCUGUCGCCGGAGCAGGAAGAGGCGAUCAAGCUGUUGGAGGCGACUUGCGAGAGGGUGAAGCUGCACAUGAUCUUAGAUAUCGGCGACAUCCAGUUCGUCGCUAACACGCACACCCUCCACGCGCGGACGGCGUACCGCGACUUCGGCCCCGAUAGCGGAAAGCCGAGACGCCACCUCAUGCGGUUAUGGCUCGCCUUGCCGCAGGACGAGGGUGGAUGGAGACUGCCCUUCUGGGACUCGGACGAGAAGAAGCGUGGAGGAAUUCAGGUCGACGACACGCCCCCAGUCGCGAGGCUCGAGGGUGACUAG